AUGCUUCAAGGGGCAUUGCCUUCUGGAGCCCCGGCUGAGGAGGAGUUGGGGGGCUGCAGCCAGGAUUGGGGCCUCUGGAUGCAGUGGAAUCAUGGAGCCUGCAAGCAACAGACCCAGAGCUUUGGGGCUCCCAGAAGCCCUGAAACACCCCCUGGGCCUCAUGACCCUGGCAGUUCCCUGCCCUUGACACCUCCGAUGGAGAGCAACUCAGAGGAUGAGGAUCCUGCCAGGGCUGCUGGUGGCUGGAACAGUAGGGGUCCCCGGACCCAGAGCCCAGGGGGCUGCUCAGCAGAGGCAGUGCUGGCCCGGAAGAAGCACCGCCGGCGGCCAUCGAAGCGCAAGAGGCACUGGCGGCCCUAUCUGGAGUUGAGCUGGGCUGAGAAGCAACAGCGGGAUGAGAGGCAGAGUCAGAGGGCCUUCCAGGUGCGCGAGGAGAUGUUCGCCAAGGGCCAGCCUGUGGCGCCUUACAACACCACCCAGUUCCUGAUGAAUGACCGAGACCCGGAGGAGCCUGACCUGGAUGUGCCCCACAGGGUCUCCCACCCAGGCUCCAGUGGGGAAAGUGAGGCAGGGGACGGUGACGGGCCAGGCCAGGCUCACGGUGAGUUCCUGCAGAGGGAUUUCUCCGAGGCCUGUGAGCGCUACCACACUGAGAGCCUGCAGGGCCGCAGCAAGCAGGAGCUGGUGCGAGACUACCUGGAUCUGGAGAGGCGGCUGUCACAGGCUGAGGAGGAGACCCGGAGGCUGCAGCAGCUGCAACGGUACACCAACCAGCAGCCCUGUCGUCAGCUGGAGGAGCUGGCUGCCGAGGUGGAGAGGCUGCGGACCGAGAACCAGCGGCUUCGGCAGGAGAACGAGAUGUGGAACCGAGUGGGCGGCAGCUGCAGUGAGGAGCUGGGCACCUAGGGGUGCCCCCCAGCCAGGCUGAGCCAAGGAGAAGGUGCCAUUUUAUACCCACUCAGGCUAGCUGGGUCCCAGGG